CCCCUCCACCAUCACCCCCUCCCUGCUGACACUGUCUCUGUCUUCCAGGUCAGUGAAUAAUUUCCUGAUGACGGGCCCCAAGGCCUAUCUCAUCUACUCCAGCAGCGUGGCAGCUGGGGCACAGAGCGGCAUUGAGGAGUGCAAGUUCCAGUUUGCCUGGGACCGCUGGAACUGCCCUGAGCGGGCACUGCAGCUCUCCAGCCACGGCGGGCUGCGCAGCGCAAACCGAGAAACUGCCUUUGUCCAUGCCAUCAGCUCUGCAGGUGUCAUGUACACGCUGACCCGGAACUGCAGCCUGGGGGAUUUUGACAACUGUGGCUGUGAUGACUCCCGCAAUGGGCAGCUUGGUGGGCAAGGCUGGCUGUGGGGAGGCUGCAGUGAUAACGUGGGCUUUGGGGAAGCCAUCUCUAAACAGUUUGUGGAUGCCCUGGAGACUGGACAAGAUGCCAGAGCUGCUAUGAACCUGCACAACAAUGAGGCAGGAAGAAAGGCUGUCAAAGGAACCAUGAAGCGGACUUGCAAAUGCCACGGCGUGUCAGGGAGCUGUACCACGCAGACCUGCUGGCUGCAGCUGCCUGAGUUCCGCGAGGUGGGCACUUACCUCAAGGAGAGAUACCACAAGGCCUUGAAGGUGGACUUGCUGCAGGGGGUGGGGAACAGCGCUGCCAGCCGGGGGGCCAUUGCCGAGACUUUCAGCUCCAUCUCCAAGAAGGAGCUGGUCCAUUUAGAAGACUCUCCUGACUACUGCCUGGAGAACAAGACGCUGGGGCUGCUGGGCACGGAGGGCCGGGAGUGUCUGAAGAGAGGCAAGGCGCUCAGCAAGUGGGAGAAGCGGAGCUGCCGGCGGCUGUGCGGGGACUGUGGGCUGGCAGUGGAGGAGAGACGAGCCGAGAUGGUGUCCAGCUGCAACUGCAAGUUCCACUGGUGCUGUGCCGUGCGGUGUGAGCAGUGCCGCAAACGGGUCACCAAGUACUUCUGUGUCCGCAAAGAGAAGCGGGAGCGGAGUGGGGGCGGCGGGGCCAGUCGCAAGCUCAAGAGGAAACUCUAACUGCCCCUGCUCCCCUACGGUCCUGAGCGCCCCCUCCUCUCUUCUCCUUCCCUCCCUACCUCCCCUGGCACCAUUUCCUUUUGGGUUAGUUUUAUCUCAUUUCCAAGCAAGGCCACUUCACCCAACGUCACCUCACAGCGUGGCUUGGACAAGGCAGAAGAGCUCCCGCAAUUCCUCAGCCAUGCAGUGCAUUUCCUGGUAGUGGAGUGGCUGAGUACUUCUGGGAAGGCACUUAAUUGUUGACAUAACCAGGUGAGAUUUGGUCCCUUCAGCCCAAGGUCACUCUACCUAGUGACUAUAGUUUUAUCGCUGAAAAUGCAGCUGCCCUCUGUAGCUCCUGCUCUUUUCAGCUUGCCUGCUCCAGGCCUUUAAGCAAGUAAGAUCAACACUCAGGAAAGCACAAGGAAGCUUAGAUGACCCCACCAGACCUAAGCCACUCAGAGCAGAAGUCCCUAAAAAGAGGCUUCUCAUACCUUAAAAAAAAAAAUAGAAUCUCUCAAAGAAAAAUGGUACUGCCUUUUGUUAAACCCUGUGUUAUGAGGAAACAGAAAAGGUAUGCAACUCUUUCCUGCAGUGAGCCAGCUACCUGGGCAUCACCUCCCAUCCUUCCCAGCUUAAUUCAGCUCUCCAGUGCAGCAAGAUUCCAGCUGCUGCUUGACCAGCCGUUAAAAAUUUAUCCUAGGAAGGGGUCACAGCAGUUGCUUUUUUACAUGCUUACUCUGCAUCUUCCAAGCCUCGAGGCGUGCCCCCCCUUCUCACCCCAGCCACCUAGACUAAUGCCAUACCAAUGCCCUCACACUUGUAGAGUCCUUCUUCCCUCCCCAGUCUCUCCCAGAGAGGAGCUGUGCUCA